AUGCAAAGCAGUAUGACGGCAGCCUUUUUCUUGCAACCACGGCAGUGCUAUGAAAGUUGUCUUCUUGCAACUGCUGCAUCACCACGACCAAGUAUUUUCUGGAGGUGGCGGCAGCAGCAGCAGUGCACCAUGUUAAAGUGCUCGCAAGUGGAGCAACAGUCAGCACAAACAUUACAUUAUGAUAAUCGUGAUGAGAAGGUUGAUGAUCGCUUAGGCAAAAACCCUUGCAAUUUUCACCCUUCUAUAUGGGGAGAUUUCUUCCUUCACUACUCCAACCCAGCAGCUUCCUCGGAACAGCAGACAUGGAUGGCAGAACGAGCUGAUAAACUGAAGGAAGAAGUGGCAAAAAUGAUAGCAAGUUCAGUUACUUGUAGCCUUCAUCAGAGGCUACAACUCAUCGAUGUGUUGGAACGUUUGUGCUUGGAUCACCUGUUCGAAGAAGAGAUUAAUGAUGCAUUGAUUCAAAUUAAGACUGCCGAUGUCAAUGAUUGUGAUCUUCACACGGUAGCUAUGUGGUUUUAUCUGCUUCGUAAACAUGGAUACAGAGUUAUACCAGGUAAGAUAGAUGGAAUUUCAAAUGACUGUGAUCUUUCAAAAAUUUCAAACAUUAUCCACGGUUCGUGCUAUACUAAGUCGAUAUUAGACUGGUGCAUUCUUUUUUACAAAGAGACUACGGUGCACGAAUCGGUACUGCAACUUGCAAAGUUGAACUCUAAUAUUAUGCAACUUCAUCAUCAGAAAGAGCUUAGAAUCGUUACAAGCUGGUGGAAGGAUCUAGCGAUUGAAUCAAGGUUCCCAUUUGCCCGAGAUAGAAUUGUAGAGUGCUAUUUAUGGAUGUUAGGAGUAUACUUUGAACCAUGUCAUUCACGAGGCCGAAUAAUGUUGACAAUGGUGAUUGCCAUUAUUACCAUACUUGAUGAUAUGUAUGAUUCCUAUGGAACUUCAGAAGAGUGCGAGUUACUUACCAAGUGUCUAGAAAGAUGGGAUAAAAAAGCAGCCCAUGAUCUCCCGGAGUGCAUGAAAUUUGCGCUCGGGAAAAUCUUGGAUAGCUAUCAAACCAUUGAACAAGAGCUGGCACAUGAGGAGAAAUAUCGCAUGCCCUAUCUAAAAGCCUUUACAGUAGAUAUGGUUAGAGCCUUCAACAUGGAGGUAAAAAUGCGUGAAGAAGGCUAUACUCCAAGAUCAGUUGAAGAGCACCUACAGUUUUCAAUAUGGACUGGCGGAUGUCACCUGCUCUCAUGUACAUCCUUCGUUGGAAUGGACGAUAUAGCAACAAAGGAUUCUUUUGAUUGGGUUUCUACCAUGCCUAAAAUGGUAAAGGCACUUUGCAUAAUUUUGAGACUAUUGGAUGAUCUCCAAUCAUAUGAGCGAGAGCAACUCACGCCACAUGUUGCUUCAACCAUCCAAAGCUACAUGACAGAGCACAAUGUCUCGAUUGAAGUGGCACGCAAGAAGAUACAGGAAUUGAAAGAGGAGUCGUGGAAAGAUUUUAAUGGCGAGUGGCUGAAUCCUGAUAAUGCACCGCCAAAGCAGCUCCUGGAGAGGAUAUUCAACCUCACAAGAACAAUGGAGUUCUUCUACAACUUGGACGACAAUUUCUCGAACAGUCAGAACCUCAGGGAUACCAUCCUCUCUUUGUUUGUGGAGCAUUUUGAGGAAUAUAUAUGGUACCACUGAGGUUCUGACUGUUCUGCGCACAUGAUUGUCGAUGAGGGUCGAAGCCAUACUUAUCAGUUGAUCUGUGCACAUGAUUGUGAUUUGAGCUACCGAGUAUGUUUGGUGUGUAUGAAAUAUUUUUUGAAAGAGUUGUCUCGAAUUUCAGUCAUGCAGAUCGACCUACUAUUUUGUGAUGUUCACAUCUCAUAUUGCUGUUAUAUAUGUCUUUUGUUUAAGAAAAGGGUGUACACAUAUUUGACCAAAGUAAUAAGGCUGUCAUUCUGAAUGGGGAGGCUGCAUCAUGUUGAG